AUGUUGAAUAUGGGCUAUUGGGGGCCAUCUGACGGCGUAUCAGAUGUCAGCGCCCUUAAGGAAUUUGAAUUGAAGAGUAAACUAUACAGCGUACAAGUUGGAAUAACAACUAACGAUGUGGAAGUAAAAAAGAUACUCAGAGCACUUAUAGAGCCCAUAACCAUAUUCGGUGAGGGUAAAUACGAACGGAGAGAAAGGCUUAAAAAAAUAUUGCUAUUUAAGUAUGAUCGACUAUUCCAUGGUAAAGAUGUCACGAGUGCUGUUGCAAGCUCAAGUGAAGCGAAGAAUCUAUACGAUGCUAUCAGGGCGUUCAAUAUCGACAUGUCGAAUGUUUUUUCUAAGAAGGGGGUGUUCGGAGAAGUGUCUCAACAGGAAAAUGUCCAGGAUAAUGCAGAUAAAGAGCUGUUCUAUACAGAGGGAAGUGAGGAGGUUAAACAGCUGAGAAGCGAUCUUGCGCAUCACACAUGGGAACGAACACGUAAAAGGAAACGGCUUAUCCAUAACUAUAGGAAUAUUACAGACCAAUUUGAACAUAAGGACGAUAUAGACAGGUAUGGGAGCUACCUAACAGAUUCUCUUGUGCUUGCAUAUUCACACUUGGCGGCCGAUAGGCCUCUUACUGCGUCUAAAUUCGCUCCGAAUAUGAAAUAUAUCGCAGUAGGUAGUUUCUGUAGCUAUGUCAAUGUGUUUCAUUAUAAGCCAGAGGAAAACUUCCCCAUGGCUAGAAAGUUGGAAAACGCUUGUAAGGAGAUGAUACAUUGUUUAGAUUGGAACUGCAAGAGGAACCCAAUAUACGAUCAUAACGCUGCUCCAUCGGAUAUUAACGAUGAGGAAUUGCUAUUGGCUACUGGAGGAUCUGGUGGGACAAUAUCGUUAUGGAGGCCAUUUCCCAAACAAGUGUGCGACCAUGAUGGUCCUGAUUUUUGUGUACACAGUGUCAAACUUCAUGAUGAGCGGGUUAAUCGCAUUAAAUUUCAUAAUUUUAGAGAUAUAUUGUUAAGCUCAUCCGCAGACGAAACUGUCAGGCUAUUUGAUACACAUGCUAUGCAGGAAAUCUAUAUACAGGAAGGCCACAGCCAUGGAGUGCAUGGCCUGGCUAUUAACGGGGACGGUAACCUGGUUGCAUCCGGCGAUAUGCAUGGCGUGGUUUUGAUAAUAGACCUUAGAACUGGGAAGCAUAUAUUCCAGCAACCUAUGCAUAAUGGCAAGGUCACUGCGAUAGAUUUCCAUCCUGUGUAUAACCACCUAAUGGCAACCGCGUCCGAUGAUAAUGCUGUCAAACUGUUUGAUCUCAGGAAGGUCAGGGCUGGUAGCGCACUUUUAGCGCAUACCAAGCUUGUAAGUGAUAUGCAGUUUGAACCUAUUUACGGUCGUUACCUUGCGACAGGUUCAUUUGAUACCCAUCUCAAAGUGUGGGAUACUGCAGAAUAUAAAUGUAGGAAAGUACUAUCGAACAACGAAGCUAAAAUCAUGAGCGUCAACAUAGCUCCAGACUCCUCGGCUAUAGUGACAGCGUGUUAUGACCGUACCUUACGUAUAUUCAAGCCAAACUAUACCCAUGACGAGGUGACGGAGCUUGGCAUAUAUCGCACAAUCCACCAGUGA